UCGAACAAUAAAAUAAUUUCCUAAGUAGACGUCGCCACAGCGCCAGUGGAGACUGGAGAGGAGGGAGGAGGAAGAAUCCGACUCCAAGUCUUCGAGCUCCCGAUUUGGGUUUGGCACCUGUUCCUUCCCUCCCUCCGGCGCAAUCUUGCCUGGCGAUUUUUCUUCGUGGUUUUUUUAUGUAAAUCUUGGCCGGGAUACUUGCGAGCUAGGCAUUGAUUCGGCUUUAAGCGGUCGAGGUGAAUUUGCUCGGUGUGGUUCUGAAGCUUUGGUUCUUCUGGUUCUUGUUGCUGUUGGUUGUUCAUCGGUUCUUGAAUCUUUCAGCCAAUUGGUGUGGAGCCUAGCCAUGAUUGGUGAGGCCGUUCUUGGACAGGGAGAUUUUUUUUAGGAGGAGUGGUAGUGACCUGCUGCUGUAGGGGGGAAAAAGACCAAAGUGCAUUAUCUUGGAAAAUGUGCAUUUUGCUAGCUUGAUCAUAAAUCAAAGCAGCUCCAUUUCUGGGAACGCAGCCAGUCAUUUCCAUGCAGCCUUUCGGUUGAUGGAUGUUCCUCCUGUUGAAUCAGAAAGAUUUAGUCAAACAGAUAGUCAUCCUUUACUCAUGGAGCAUGCCAUUGGUAUCCCAAGGGAUGAUGUUGCUUCUUCGUCGACAUCUCGUCGAGACAAUCAUGAUGGCAUGGAUCAAUUGCCUCAUGUCUCAGAAAGUUCUUCUGGAACAACUACCGCAUUUAACUUUGAGAAUGCUCCUCUACCAAGAAGAGAUGAUAACCGCAGUCGUCGUCAGCAAAGUCCUUUGAAUUCUGGCUUCUGGAUCUCAAUUGAACUGGUUGUGAAUCUUAGCCAGAUUAUAGCUGCUAUUUGUGUUCUGUCUGUGUCAAGGAAUGAACAUCCACAUGCUCCAUUGUUUGAAUGGGUCAUUGGUUAUACAGUAGGUUGUAUUGCAACUCUUCCUCAUCUAUACUGGCGCUAUCUACAAUGCAACCGCCUGGCCACUGGGCAAGAGUCAGCAACUCAGAACUUCCCUCCAAACAACACCCCUGAAAGUAAUUCUUAUACGACAAUUUCAGCCCCUCAUGUGUCUGAAACCACUGGCACAAAUGGAGUCUCAAGAAACAAUGUGGUCACCACAAAUCCAAGGGCCCAAGCUUUCGCUGAACACUUCAAAAUGGCCCUGGACUGUUUCUUUGCUGUGUGGUUUGUUGUGGGAAAUGUGUGGAUAUUUGGUGGACGUUCUUCUGCCCAUGUCGCUCCCAACUUGUACAGGUUGUGUAUAGCCUUCCUCACAUUCAGCUGCAUCGGCUAUGCUAUGCCUUUCGUUCUCUGUGCAUUGAUAUGUUGCUGCCUGCCCUGCAUAAUCUCUGUAAUGGGCUUUCGUGAAGAUUUGAACCAAAACCAAGGUGCUACUGCAGAAGCAAUCAAUGCCUUGGGCACAUACAAGUUUAAAUCGAAGAAGGCUCAUAAUGGAGAGGGAAAUGAAGGUGGUGGUGGAGUCUUUGCUGCUGGAACAGACAAGGAGCGGGUUGUUUCUGCUGAAGAUGCUGUUUGCUGUAUCUGCUUGGCAAGGUAUGUGGACAAUGAUGAUCUCCGGAUGCUCCCUUGCUCUCAUUUCUUCCAUAAGGAUUGUGUUGACAAAUGGCUCAAGAUAAAUGCACUGUGUCCCCUUUGCAAAGCUGAGAUUGACGGUGUUGCAACGACUGCUCCAACCAUUGGCUUUGGGCGCCACCACAGUGAUAACAGGGUAGGAAACGACAUUGAAUCACAACUGUAGCUACCCCUCCUUCCACAAGGAUGGCAUCCUUUGAUGUGGCUUACACGAGCAAUUUGUAAAUUAUAGAGCGAGAUAGAUUAUACGAUGGAUGAGUCCUUGCAUGAUCCAGCAAGUUUGUUUCUGAUUGACUAAUGUCUCUUAUUGUCAAUACAUAUUGCUUCUAGCUUCGUUCC